UUAUUUCGUUUUUUGCAGAUAGAGGCCAACGUGCUACGGAUAUUGGCACAAAACAUGUCCCUUGGCUUGGAAAACGACCGGGAGUAUCAUCAUAACUCUUCCGUUUCAACUAAAAAUAAUAAGGUCGCGACUAGUUUCGGCUACAGAAAUGGAUCGCACCAUGCGUCGCAUGGAAUGCCGUUGUACUCGAAAUGGUCUUCAUGGUCCAGGUGCGAAAAGUGCAUACAAAGAAGAAUUAAGGACUGCAUCAGUCCGAAAUGCAGCACUUCCAGGAUUUACGAAGAGCGGGUAUGCAAACGGAAGAGGUGCAAGAGGAAAUCCAGACACAAACCAGAACGAAAUGAACUUCACAUAGUACAAAUGGAGAAUAAACCGGAAGCUAAAACAACGCGUUCUCGAAUUUGGAGUAAAUGGUCAGAAUGGAGUUCAUGCUCGUCAAAAUGCAGAACAUCGAGAUAUAGAGUGUGCAAACAAUUAAUUAAAUGUAAAAGGAAAACCCAAAGGCAAAAGGCUUUCUGCUACCAUGAAGGUACCGACUGCCAACAGCAUGUCCUUAAUUUGGUCUACGAAAAACGACGAAGCAUAACUGAUGCUAACAGGUACAAAUACACUGGUGAAGAUUUCAUGAUCGAUGAAGAAACCGACGUCAGAGCGACAGAAUGUGGAAAACCUUUUAAGAAGAUGAAAAUGCUGAAGAUAAUUGGAGGUUUUGAAUCUAAGAAGAACAAAUGGCCUUGGCAUAUAGCUGUAAUGAACAAAUACUUGGAAGUGUUUUGUUCGGGCACGCUGGUUGCACCGCGUUGGGUGUUGACCGCGGGCCAUUGCAUUCGAAGUUACUUGCGUGUCCGUCUCAACGAGCACGAUCUAAGCUACUUCGACGGUCGCGAAGUGGAAAUGCCAGUGCAAAAGGUCUUCCUCCAUCCGCGGUUCAACCACCAAACGGUGGACAACGACAUUGCUCUUCUACGUCUACCGCGACCCGCCAGACUGCCCGUUGCGUGCAUGCCAGAUAGCAGACCGGUGACGAAAGAACUUUGCCAUAUCAUGGGCUGGGGCAAGGUGAAGGCUUCCGACGAAUAUGGUACUUCUGUACUGCACGAAGCUAAGGUACCAAUUGUGAGUUUUGAAACGUGCAAAAAUUCAUAUAAACGGUACCUAAUUACAAAAAAUAUGUUUUGCGCUGGUUGGCAAUCGGGGGCUGCUGAUACUUGUGCAGGAGACAGCGGCGGCGGUCUUGUAUGUCCUAUGGGCAAUGCCAGCCUAAAAAAGGGUUUCGCGGUUCAGGGAAUAACCAGCUUUGGAGACGGAUGCGGACGAAAGAAUAAAUAUGGUAUUUACACGAUGGUCUACAAUUAUUUGCCAUGGAUCAAUUAUAUUAUUGAUACGUACUCGUGAUAGUAGAUUUUAUGUUUUUUUAUGGAAAGAUCUCUAGAAGAGCUGUACUACAGUUUUUGUAGUUUUGCUACAGAGUAGAAUUAAUUAACUGCCAGAAAUACACCAAUACGAAAGAAAAAUAUUUAGAAAGAAGUUUAUAAGUAUGUGUAGAGAAUAAUGAGAGCGCACCAGUGAUUAGUUACAGCUUUUUUUUAUCUAAAAAGACAUUUUUAUAUUAAGUAAAUUACACAGAAUUUUCUUCCUUCACUGCGAAAUGUUGUACGGAAUACUAGAAAUUCCAACAAGUGUUACAAUAUUAUCUGGAAUAAUAAAAAUCAUUUCUGUAUUUAUUUUUAAUCACAACUAGUACUUAAGAAUUUUUAAUUUAAUAAUUGUAUUCUUUUUUUCUAUUGGUCACCCUGUUUAAGACUGUAAAUGUAAUUGUAACUGUGUGAUUUUUUUAGUUUGUUAAAGUACGCAUUAAAUAAAACUAAUUUAUUUACUUCAGAAAGAUGUAUUUGUACCUACAUUCUCUUAAUUUACAUCAAUCGUAUGUUAAUAAUUUUAUUAUCAAGGAACUUUUUGUAAUUUCUUAGUUUAUUUACUUUUUAAUUUAAUAAUUUAUUAAUUGCCUUUAGUAAUUUUUAAUUUGUUUUAUUCAGACCUUUCCAACAAAAAUACGGAUAUUUGAUGACGCUUUGGGCU